AUGCCAAUUAUUAGAGGUCUUUCCGAUUUAAAUAAUGAAGAAUCAAACCGAAAUAAAGAUAUAACUACUAGCUACACUGGAGGUGAGAAAAGUGGAAUUGCUAUUGAAAAUCCAAAUGAACCCCAUAAUAUACCACCAAAUGCACAUCGUGUAAUAUUAUAUAACAAUGGAUUUAUAUUAGACAAUGGAGAAUUUCGUAGCUUAGAUGACACAAAGAAUUUAGAAUUUGUACGGGAUAUUAAAAACUCUAUAGCUCCUGAAGAAUUAAGAGGGAAUUUAGUAGGAAACCAACCUCUACAAGUUGCUUUAGAUGAUCGUAGUAGUGAAACAUAUACAAUUCCUACUAAACCAUUAGAGAUAUUUGGGGGUUCUGGUUCAUCUUUAUCAGAAGCUAAGAUAUUAUCGUCUUCACUAAAUGUAAAUCCAAAUGCUGUAUUAACAACAGUUGUUGAUGAAUCUAAGCCAAUAACAACUCUUCAAUUUAGAUUCCAUAAUGGUCAGAGAAAAGUUUUCAAAUUUAAUGAAGAUCAAACAAUUGCUGAUAUACAUAAUGUUUUUAUGGAAUGUGCUCCUGUAGAUGGAGAAUAUUACUUAACUUUUGGAUUUCCUCCUAAAAAAAUUGAAUUAAAUCUAGGGACAACAAUUAAAGAUGCCGGAUUAUUACAAGAGACCAUUUCUCAAAAGUUAAUUUAA